AUGCAAAACAAGAGCUUUGUAACUGAGUUCGUCCUCUUGGGUCUUUCAUGGAACCCAAGUGUUCAAAAAAUAGGAUUUGUUGUAUUUUUGUUCUGCUACAUUGCAACUGUUGGGGCCAAUUUGCUAGUUGUGGUGACCAUCGUCAGCAGUCCGACACUCCUGAGAUCCCCCAUGUACUUCUUUCUGGCCUUCCUGUCCUUCCUGGAUGCCUGCUAUUCCUCUGCAUUUGCCCCAAAGAUGAUUGUAGACUUCCUCUAUGAGAGGAAAACCAUCUCCUUCAAGGGCUGUAUGACCCAGGUCUUUGCUGAUCACUUCUUUGCUGGAGUGGAGGUGACUGUCCUGACCGCCAUGGCCUAUGACCGCUAUGUGGCCAUUUGCAAGCCAUUGCACUACCUCUCUAUCAUGAACUGGAAGCUCUGUGGCAUUCUGAUGGGGGUAGCCUGGACAGGGGGCUUCUUGCAUUCUGUGAUACAACUUGUCUUUACUUUCCAGCUGCCCUUCUGUGGCCCCAAUGUUAUCGAUCACUUCCUAUGUGAUUUGAACCCAUUAUUGAAGCUUGCCUGCACUGACACUCGCAUCAGCGGCUUCUUGGUGGUUGCCAAUAGUGGGUUUAUCUGCAUCAUAAUCUUCUCCUUGUUGCUUAUCUCCUAUUUUGUCAUCUUGUUCUCGCUAAGAACUUAUAACUCUGAAGGGCGGCGGAAAGCUGUCUCCACCUGUGGAUCUCACAUUGCUGUCGUGGUUUUAUUUUUCGUCCCAUGCAUAAUUAUCUAUGCCAGACCUCCAUCUACUUUCUCCUUCGACAAGACGGUGGCCAUAGUUUACACCUUCAUAACUCCCUUGCUCAAUCCUUUGAUUUACACUUUCAGGAACAAGGAAGUGAAAAGUGCCAUGAGGACAUUAUGGACCAGAUUGGUGGUGGUUUCUGAUGAAAAAUAAAACAUUAAACUUAAAAAUUUAAAUUUCAACACGAAAGAAUUCAAAGUGGGCUUAACAAAUUACUUUAUUGGGGUGGGAACUUGUAGGUCAAAAAGUAAUGUAAUGCCACAGAAAAAUACUGAUGGGUAGGUCAGGAAAUGCUAUUACCACCCUCGGAUCACUCAUAUCUUGGAGUUGGCAGCUCAGUAUCUUUAUAGGUAAUUUAAGGAGAGUUGAAUUUUAUGUUUGUUUAGAAUAUAGUAAGGAAAAGAAAUCACUAAAAAGAGGAAUCAUAUUAUCUACUAAACUUCUUGCAAUGCACACCAUACUUUGAAAAGCUCUAAGGAGAGUAGAAAAAAAAAUCUUAGAUAUCAGCAAUAAGAACUUCAUGAAACUAUUUUAACUGGAAAAAAAGUUCACUUUUAGGGUCCUUAUCCUGGUUAAGCCGCUCUGGUGGCACA